AUGUCCCGUAGCGACGCGUACGUGGGGGGCUCGCGCUCCCCUCGCGGCGUGAGGCUGCCCAUGGACCGGUCGCCCACCAGGGCCACGGGCUACGCGGGGGCCGGCAGCCCCCUGGGCCACCGCAAGGCGCUGCGUUCGUCGCGCUCCGGCAACAACUCGCCCAGCGAACACGUGGGCGGCGGAGGCGGCAUGGUGGGCGGCGGCGUGGGAGUGGGUGGCGGCGGGGGAGGCUACGGCGGCUAUCAAACAGGGUACUAUCGGGACGAGGACCUGGAGGAGCAGAUGCUGGAGGAGAGGGGCAGACCGAUGGCGGUGGGGCCGGGGCAUCACAGGUCUAGGAGCGCAACUAGGCCCACAAACCCAAUGUCUGUCCGUUACCAAUCUUUGGAUAGAGGCCCUACAGUAGACCACGACAGAGAAUUUCUACCAAUUCGAGAUCGUAGAGAUCGUUCCUUAGAUAGAGCACUUUAUUUCGAAGAUGACCCCUACAGCACUCGAUCUGCACGGCAGUCUCCAACAUCGCAUCAACCCUUCAUUGGAGAACUCCAGCAUCAAAAUUCCGAUCUCCAACGUGACUUGGCCAACCUCAAAAAAGAACUGGAUCUAACCAAUCAGAAACUAGGCUCCUCGAUGCAUUCGAUCAAGACCUUUUGGAGUCCUGAGUUGAAAAAGGAACGGGCUUUGAGGAAAGAAGAAUCAGCAAAAUACAGCUUGAUAAACGAUCAGUUGAAGCUGUUGAGUAGCGAGAACCAAAAACAAGCUAUGUUAGUGAGGCAACUGGAAGAAGAGCUAAGAAUGAGAAUGCGGGGACCCAGUAUAGAAAUACAACAGCAAAUGGAGGCCCUAUAUCAAGAGAACGACCACUUGCAAAGGGAGAUAGCAAUUUUAAGAGACACGAUUAAGGAACUGGAACUUCGUAUAGAAACGCAAAAGCAGACACUUCAAGCGAGAGACGAGAGCAUAAAAAAGCUGCUGGAGAUGUUACAGAACAAAGGCAUGGGUAAAGAGGAAGAGCGGGCCAUGUUCCAGCAGAUGCAGGCGAUGGCACAGAAACAGCUGGACGAGUUCCGCGUCGAGAUUCAGAGACGAGACCAGGAGAUAUUGGCCAUGGGAGCGAAGAUGAAGACCCUGGAAGAACAACACCAAGACUACCAAAGACACAUUGCGGUGUUGAAAGAAUCUCUGUGUGCGAAGGAAGAGCACUAUAACAUGCUUCAAGCCGAUGUAGAGGAGCUGCGGGCUAGACUGGACGAGAAGAAUCGGUUGAUCGAGAAGAAGCAGCAGCAACAUCAACAGGAAAGGGGCAGAGCUGGAGCGGAGAUAGCGGAGAUGAGGGAACAUAUGGAUAUAAAGGACAGGAAAAUCAACGUCUUGCAAAGAAAGGUGGAGAAUCUGGAAGAUCUCCUCAAGGAAAAAGACAACCAAGUAGAUAUGGCAAGAGCAAGACUGUCCGCCAUGCAAGCUCAUCACUGUUCUUCCGAAGGUGCAUUAAGUACCUUGGAGGAAGCCAUUGGCGAUAAGGAGAAACAGAUGUUACAGUUAAGAGAACAAAGGGAUAGAGCAGAACAAGAAAAGCAAGAAGAAAGAGAAUUGCAUGAGAGAGAAUUGGCAGAAUACAAGAUGAAAAUACACGCCUUGAACAGUGAAGUGGAAAAAUUGACAGCUAGAUUGGAAAGAGUGCAAAAUGAUAGGGAAAGAAUCGAAGCUAAGUUAGAAAGCUCUCAGUCCGAAUUAGGUAAAUCUAAAGCUGAGCUGGAUAAAGCUAUGGAAUUCGGAAGACGCGGUGACGACUACGACGCAGCUCGCCAGCGUAUCGCUAGGCUGGAGCUUGAAAACGAGAGACUGCGUCAAGAUUUAGAACUGGCACAAAGCAAAACCACUCGAUUCGGUACCAAUAUCUACAGUAGUUCGCACGAAUUAGACCGUAUGCACGAGCGUGCUGACAAGACCUCCUCCGAUUUGAGGAGGUGUCAAGCCGAAUUGAGGGUGACGCAAGCUGACAGCGAAAGAGCGAGAUCUGAAGCGCAGGCUCUGCAGGAAAAAUUGGAAAAGUCGCAGGGGGAAGUAUACCGCCUCAAGGCCCGUUUAGAAAACUCUCACCAGGAACAAGACAGUCUUCGGGAAGAACUAGAGAAGGCACAAGCAUCUACGACCAAAUUACACGCCGACAAAGAUCGAGCUUACGCAGAACUAGAGAAGGUGAGGGAGGAAUUGGAGCGUACUACGGCGACCUUGGGAAAGGCUCAACUGCAACAAGACAAGCUCCAGAAUGCCUACGACAAAGCACAGACAGAAUUAGACAAGCUCCAAGAGAAACUAGACAAGUCCAUUGGGGAAACCAGACGUAUCCAAUUAGAAAAAGAAAAAAUAGGGUACGAUUUAGAGAAUAUCCAAUCGCAAUUGGACAAGGCUCUCGGCCAAUCUGCUCGCAUACAGAAGGAAAAGGAUCAAGCCCAGCACGAAGCAGAUCGGCUUAGAGACAAAUACGAAAAACUUCAGAGUACAGCGAAUAGGUUGCAAAAAGAAAAAGAUAAUUUCCAAGAUGAAUGCGAUAAACUGAAGGAACGUCUUGAUCUCCAAUUGAACCAAGUCUCUAAAAUUCAAAGGGAAAAGACUGAAAUGGAGACAGAACUGGAUGUGAUGAAAGAACGCUGGGAGAAAGCCCAUAUGUUGCAGCAAAAAUUACAAAUAGAACGAGACGAUGCCAUCACUGAAAUUGACAUUUUGAAGGAGAAACUGGAAAAAUCCAUUUACUCCUCCCAAAAAGCAAUCGACGAAAGAGAAAACGUUCAUAAGGAGCUGGAAAAGAUUCUGGAAAAAUACGACAGAUCUCAAAGCGAUGUUUACCGGCUGCAAAACAAAUUGGACACAGUCCAGGCGGACAAAGAACGCCUGGAGCUGGAAAUCGAGAAACAACAAAUUGCUGUUUCCAAGUCCAGAGACGACCAGCGUAAACUCCAGGAAGAGAUCCAGAGGAUCCAGGAAAUGUACGACAGAGCAUCUAUGCAGCUCAGUAGGAGUAAAGAAUUGGAAGAGAAGCACAAGGAAGAAAUUGAAAGGGCAAAUAUAGACGCAGAGAUGGUUAGAGACAGAUACGAGAAAGCCCAAAUCGAACUCAGGAGACUACAAGGCGAACGCGAAAAGCUCUUCGCCGACAACGAACGAAUGCAGUACGAAAUCGAACGAGCCCAGACCCAAUGCACCAAAACCCAGGCAGCCUACGACAAGGCUCAGGAGGAGAUAUCUAGGCUGUCUAUCGAAGUGGAAAAACACCGGGACAAACACGAAAAACUGCAGAACGAGUUCAGGAAGGUGGUGGCCGAGUACGACCAUUUGAGAGAAACAGCGGGUGGUCCGGGCAGAGAUAGAUAUUCUAGAUAUGAACGAGAUGAAGUGCGAACGAAAGAAGAAAACGACAGACUUCGAGCUGAAGUCGAUCGCCUUCGAGAAAGGCUAGACAAGACCCUUGGAGAUUUAGACAAGAACCGUAAAGAACUGGCCCUGGUCGAGAGCACUCGCAGCAAGUACGGCUUCGAGCAAGAAAAGGAACGCACAGCCGAGAUGGAACGACUCAAAGACGAGCUGCAAAGAAAUCUAUCCACCAAUCAGCAAUUGGAAACGAAGCUUCACGAAACAGCCAUGCAGCUGGAUUUGGCCAGGCAAGAUUUGGGUAAGGCUCAGGCAACGCAAGAGAAGCAGAGGAUGGAAUUGGAGAGGGCUAUAAUCGAAUUAGAGAAGUACAGAGAUAGGUAUGAGAAGUUGAAGGCACAGGCGGAGAAGUUGGAGAAAGAUAAUGAGAAGCUGAGAAUGGAGGUUGCUCAAACUGAACGAAGGCAAACGCUUGCCGCUGACAAGGUCCGCAACGAUGAACGCCUAGAAAUCGAGAGACUGAAAGAGAAACUAGAAAAAGCUCUCCAGGCCAGGAACGCUACCGAAUUAGAAGCAGGUCGCCUCGCUCAGGAACUUGAAAAAUCGCAGCUCCACCUUACCAAAGCCCUCGAGACCAACGAGGCUACCAAGAUAGAGUUUGAAAGAAUGGCAACGGAACUUGCAAGGAUGCAUGAACGUUUGGAGAGAGACAAAUUGGACUGGAAGACGCUGGAGCAGGAGAGAGACGUUCUCAGGGCUGAGGUGCAACAAGUUAGGAGUGGUAUGGACACGCAGAGGAGGACCCUGGAUCACCGGACGCAGGAGACGCUGAUUAAGUUGCAACAGGAGUUGGCACAGUCAAAUAGAGAAAGAGAUAAAAUGGCGUCGAUGUUGGAGAAACAAGGAAGGCAAGGUGAAUCUAUAGAAAAACAAAUUAUCAAAUACGAUGCAGACAUCAAACAGCUAACCAUGGAACGAGACCAACUGGUAAUCCAAUUAGAAAAAUCACAGGACAUGCUGAUGAACUUCCAGCAAGAACUGAACCACAGCGAGGCAGAGUUGGAGAAACACAAACAAGAAGUGGCCAGAUUGAAAAACGAACAGAAAAAGAUGUCGCAAGAUGUGGAGAAAGGAGCGAAGGAAGUUUUGGAGAACAGGGAUAGGGAAAUUGCCAAGUUGCAACAGCAGCUACAACAAGCUCAGAAGGAGAGGGAUACUCACAAGCAAAGAGCUGAGAAGGCUGAGAAGUUAUUGCAUGAGUCUGGAGCUAGAGGUGAUUCCGAAUUGGAGCAAUGGAGAAACGUUAUCGAGCAGGAAACGAAAAGAGCAGACCAGGCUGAGAAGACAGCUCAGGAUCUGCAGAAAAGGAUUCAGGUUAUGGAAAAGCAGCUUCAACAGCAACUUAACCAGAUGGCUCAGUACCAAAGAGAAAGGGGUAUACAACCACCUGCAGCAGACGAGAAAGAGCUGCAAAGGUUAAGGAAAGAGUUGGAGAAGUCUCAAGGAGAUGUUAAGAACUGUAACACGGAAAAAGAGCGGUUACAAUCUCAGUUGGAGAUGUUGGUACAAGAGUUGGAGAAAAAUCAGCUCGAACUGCACGAAGCUACGAAGAAGCUACAAAUGGCUGGUCCUCAACGACCAGCGGAGGACCUUGGGCCUCAAAAGAAGCAGCUGGAGGAGGAAAAGAGGAGGUUGGACGACCAAAGAAAGCAAGUGGAGGAGCAGAGGAAGGCGGUGGAGAGCAAACACAGACAGGUGGAGGAAAAGGAGAGACAGUUAGCCGAAUUAGAUAAACAAUUGCAGAAACAAAAGCAACAAAUGGACCAAUUACAAGCCUCAUUGCAAAAGGCUGGAGGUACUGCAGCGGCAGCCACAGAACUUAAUAAAAAAUUGGCUGAAGCAGAAAAGAAGGUGGAGCAAGCACAGGAAGAAGCUAAACGAUCUGCGACGGAGAUGGAAAGGUUGUUACAGUUGGUACAAAUGAGUCAAGAGGAGCAGAAUCAGAAAGAAAAACAAAUUAUGGAAAUGCAACAGGCACUGAAAAACGCUCAGGCAAAAUUGAAACAACAGCAAGCACAAUCUCAAGAGAAUGAGAGAGCUGUCGUAGAAUUAAGGAACAAACUGAAGAAAACUGAAGAUGAAAUGUACGAAUUUGAGUUACCUCUCAAUUCAACCAGGAAGGAUCUUUACGAGAAGGAACUACGUCUAGAUGAAAUAGAAAACUUUGAUUAUACCGUAAAGAAUUUGAACGAGUUGUUGGAAAUAGCAGAAACAACGAUAAAACAAAAGGAACUGCAUAUAAAAAAGCUAGAAAACGAAAUUGAAACCAAAGAUUUAAUGAUCACAAAAAUUCGGAACGAUCUGAAGAAUAACAAUGGAACUUUAGAGAACUGCAAGUGUACAGUGAAAUCAAGUGAUAAAAUCAUAUCUAAUAUUAGAGAUACUGAUGAUAGGAAUAGAGUAAUAAUUGUAGAAAACAGGGAUGAAAGGGUAAAAGAAGAUUAUUUAGAGCGAUUAAAAGAAUUAGAAGAUAUCAUAGAGGAGAAGGAUAAAAGGAUAUUGCAACUUGAGGAUGGGCUUAGAGAAACCAUCUGUAUUUCUACGGAAAGGGAGCAGGUGCUACAGGAGGAAGAAAAGAAAAGAAAAAUAAUACUAGAAAAGGUUGGUAAACUUGAACAACGAUUAUUGUCUCUUCAAUCUGCCCAAGCUAUGCGUUGUCACAACUGUAAACCUUACGUGAGGCGAACAUCAUUUCUAGAAGAAAAAUUGGCAAAGUUGAUAGCAGAGAGGAAGAAAAACAUUGAAGAGCUAACCCACAUGAAGAGAGAAGCCCUGGAAGCAGCUAUAAGCGAAAAGGAUGCCCAUUUGGCCUUAUUAGAAAUGACUGGAAUAAGAAACGCUCGUCAAGCUGAAGAAGUGGACAAUCUAAAAAUGGACAAGAAAAGAUUGCUGGAUAUGCUAAAGAAAGAGUCUGAAUCAUGCAUAUCCUUACUGGAGGAAAUUGAAGCGGAAAACGACGUUUCUAUAGCCCUAGUCGAGGCAGCACUUCAUCAGGAUACGGAAAAGGACGACAUAUAUUCAUGACCUACGUAGGAAAGUUUACAGAUUUUAACUUACCUACCUUAACUUUUCUAAUAUUUUACUCUGUAUCUUUUAAUAACAAUACUCAAAAGUAAGCCUUUAAGUUAAAAUCUAUAAACUGUAAAUAUGUGUAUAAAUAAAAUGUUCCUUCCUCGAUAAAUGUUACGUUUUUUUAUGAUCUCAGCAAUAAAAAUGUGUGCAUGUUUUAGUCGAUUGAAUUGAACACUAUGAAAAAAUGUCACGACGUCAUAUAUUUAC